AUGAAAGAUGCUAUGAAUGGGAAACAACAAUUGGACUCUCGUGGAAAGAAGCAAAAGCAACCCUUGCAACUAUCGCAAGUUGCAUCCUUGCGAGCUAGGGUUUUGGAAAAGAAAUCGAAUGAUGAAGUUGAAAACCGGAAAUUUGCUGCCAUUGGGGCCACUUCGAGAUUAUCCGAGACAGAGAAAGCUGAAACAGUUGUUGAUGUGUGUGAUUCUUCCAACAAGGAAAGCUUAUGUCAUCAGGAGAAGUCGCAGCAAGAGGGGCUUGCGAAAACCCUAGUCAUGGGCUACGGAAAAUCUUCCGCCUGCGGAGACCUUGCUUCCGUGACUUGCGAUGCUGGAUUGAUGAUUGCGACGAUGAUCCUACCUGAGCUGAAGGAGCAAGGUGACUGUGAAGGCCAAGAAGAUGAGGAUGAUGCUCUGAUCGAAGAUGUUUACGUCGAACAAGUGGUAAAUAAUGUGCCUGAUGAGAUGGGAGAUGCUUUGCAGGAGCUGGAUAACAAUGAACCCUUGUGUAUUGGGCAGUCCGUGGACGAUGGAAUUGUUGGUAUAGCUUAUGAUGUUUUGAAGUCAGAUUCGGGUGUUUAUGGCUGUUGGUGGGAAGGAGAAAAGGAUAAUGCAUUGGUUCAUGACUCUGAUAAGGUAGACAUGGAUUCUCCAAUUUCAGCAGAAAACUCAAAUCCAUUAUCCAUCUUCCUAAUUGUACUGGUCUCAAUAAUCUCACAUUUCCUCGUAAGAUCAUAUUUUUCUACACGAGGCAAAAACCUUCCACCAGGGCCAUUUCGAUGGCCAAUUAUUGGCAGCAUACCCUGUUUUAUACCUCAUGUUUUAGCCUUCAAACCUCAUCGAAUUGUGACCUCCAUAGCCAAGAACUAUGGCGAAUUAAUGUGUCUGAAGCUUGGCAAACAGACUGUAAUCAUUGGGUCUUCGCCAAAAGCAGCAUCAGCAAUAUUCAAGACUUGGGAUCGUCAAUUCUCAGGAAGGUACGCCCCCAAAGCAACUCCAAUUGAGGAAUCUGAUUUGAAGAAAUAUUCCCUUGUUUGGUCAACUGAGUGCACCAGUGAAUGGAAAUCCUUAAGGGUUUUGUGGAAAUCUGAGUUGUUUUCAGUUAAAGCUCUGGAAAGGAACGAAAUCAUGAGGGAGACAAAAAUGAAGGAAAUGGUUGACUUCUUGAAGUCUAAAAAAAUUGGAGAUGUGGUGAAAAUUGGAGAUGUUGUGUUCACUUGCGUUUUAAGAACUCUUGGGAUGCUCUGUUUUUCCAAGGAUUUGAUUUCCAUGGAGGAUGAAAUCAGGGCUAGUGAAUUGAAAGACACGUUUUGGAGAUUCAUGGAGCAUAGUACUACACCAAUUGUGCCUGAUUUUUUUCCUCAGGUGGUUUUGAUCCUCUGGGUCACAAGAAGAAGGCCAAGAAAUGCCUCGACAAAGUGUUCGAUCUGUGGCGUGAUUUAG